AUGAGCGCAGAGCAACAGGCUGCCAAGAGGCGCAAAAAACAACAGCCUGCCAACGUCAUCACCAUCGGGGGCAGAACCAUUUCGCUCGAGGGCUAUCUAAAUCCAACUCUAAAGCCGGCCAAGGCCCCCGUCGCAGCCACGAGACAAGUCCCGGCCGAGGCGGAGCAAAGCGAGAAGCCGCCUCAAGCAAUUACGCCGGCAAAGGAAAGGAAGCCAGUUUCAAGGCCCGAUCGUCCUGGGACAAACGAUGGCCAGGCUCAACCCCAGGAUGCAGAGGGCAAGGCAUGGCUCAAGGCGCGCAGAGAAUUACCCAUCUGGCAGCACCGUUCCGAGAUUCAGGCUGCCUUGCGGGACCCGGGAAAUAACGUUCUUGUCCUUGUCGGCGAGACCGGCUCCGGAAAAAGUACCCAGGUUCCCCAGUUUCUCUGCCGAGAGCCUUGGUGCCGCCGUCAAAAGAUCAAACUCCAGGGAUCACGGGAUGAGGCAAAUGUCGGUGGCGUCAUAGCUAUAACGCAGCCAAGGCGCGUUGCGGCCACGACUCUGGCCCAUCGGGUGUCUCGAGAGGCCGGCACGCCUCUGGGCAAUGGGAGAUCCGAUGGCCUCGUCGGCUACUCUGUCCGGUUCGACCAUCAAGUCCCUCGCGGGACCAAGAUCAAAUUCCUGACAGAGGGUACACUGCUGCAGGAGCUCCUGCGGGACCCUCAUCUGCGUCAAUACAGCGCUGUGGUAGUCGAUGAAAUCCACGAACGAAGCCUGGAUGUCGACCUUCUUGUCGGGUUUCUGAAGCAGAUUCUGACAGGAGAUCUCCGAGGUCGAGCUGGGAUCCCCUUGAAGAUCAUCAUCAUGAGCGCUACGGCAGACGUGGGCGUCAUUGAGAAAUUCUUCAACGGCGAUUCCCCCAAGAGCGAUGGUGCAAGUACGGUGCAGGUCCUUCGAAUCAAGGGCCGUCAGUUCCCCGUCAAUGUUGUUUACGAACCGCGGCCUGUACCAGAUAUCCAAGACGCCCUCCUCAAAAGAAUAUUCAGGAUCCACGUUGAAGAAGCCCUGCCCGGGGACGUCCUGGCGUUUCUGACCGGCCAGGACGAGAUCGAAUCUGUACAGAGACUGAUCGAAGAAUAUGCUGCAACGCUGUCUUCCAACAUGCCCAAAAUCAAGGUCUGUCCGCUUUAUGGCCAACUUUCUAUGGAAGGCCAGCGGGAGGCCUUCUUGCCCGUCAAGGCAUCCUUCACACGAAAAGUUGUCCUGGCCACAAACAUUGCCGAGACGUCCGUGACGGUUCCCGGGGUUCGGUAUGUGGUGGAUUGCGGUAAAGCCAAGGUGAAGAAAUACCGCCCACGACUCGGGAUGGAGUCGCUACUCUCCAAGGUCAUCUCCAAGUCGUCGGCUCUCCAGCGAACUGGAAGAGCCGGCCGCGAAGGCCCUGGCAAAUGCUACAGGCUAUACACGGAAAGCACCUUUGAAUCUCUACAUGAGGCAGACCUCCCCGAAAUCCUACGGAAUGACGUCCUCGGAGCCGUGCUGACCAUGAAAGCUCGUGGCAUCCAAGAUGUGCUGGCCUUCCCUCUCAUGGACGCACCGUUGUCAGAAUCGAUCGAGAAGGCCCUCCUGCACCUCCAUUUCCUCGGGGCACUGACGGACGAGGGUGCCAUCUCGCCCGCGGGUGCGCAGAUGGCCCAGUUCCCGAUUCCUGCCCCCUUUGGCGCGGUCCUCUUGAACGCGGCGAAGCCCGAGUAUGACUGCGUCAUCGAAGCCAUUGAUAUCAUUUCUUGCAUUACCUCGGGUGACGACAUCUUCCUCCAGCUGCAGUCCGAAGACGCUCAAGAGCAGGCGGGGGAGCUCCGGAAAGAGAUUCAACGGCGGGAAGGCGACAUCGUUACCUAUCUAACGACGAUGCAGCGGUAUACGGCCGAGAAUACGGACAGGACGGAAUGGUGCAAGAAAAGGGGUAUCAAUCUGCGCAACAUGCGACAGGCCCUGAACAUCCGGAGGCAGCUUCGCGGCAUGUGCCUCAAGGAGGAGCUGAUACCAGAGGCUCCGCCGCCAGACCCGCAGCCCUUUACUCCCAUGGACCCGGAGCGGGCCGACGUGAUUCUGAAGUGCUUCAUGCGAGGCUUCGCGACCAAGACGGCCAUGCUUGCGCCAGACGGGAGCUACGUCACCAUCCAGGGAAAGCACGUAGUGGCGAUUCAUCCGGCCAGUGUCUUGCACGGGCAGAAAAAGGAGGCAAUCAUGUUCCUCGAGCACGUGUUUACAAACAAGAACUAUGCAAAAAAGGUCAGCGCCAUUUGCGCCGACUGGAUUGUCGAGGCUCUGGAGGCCAGAUACUGA